AUGACUAGCCUCAAGCUUUGCAUACAAGAUGCCUCCACUAAUGGUGUGGGUCAACCAAGAAUCCUCACUCUCAAGAAUGCUACAAUCCUCAACUCCAAUGCGCAGCUCAUUCAGGCGAUCUCUGUCCGGACUCCUCGGACCAUAUCUCAGGCCACCAAUUCCAAAGCCAGUCAGAUGAUAGCUAUCCCAAUAGCCUCCACAUCUGGUGGUGUGACGACUGCCACACCCCUGGGCAUUGUGUCUCCAGCAAGGCCAACAGUGUUGGGCAGUGGGAAGACAGUGGAACAGAUCAUUGUUGGGGGUCGUACCUACAAUCUCCAACAACCCUCCUCACCUAUUAUAAUCAAGUCACAGCCAGCACUGAUUCAGCAGCCCCAGCAGCAGCAUUUGACCACCCCAUCUCGACUGGUGAUUCAUCAAGCACAUCAGACGCCUCAGCAGCAACUGGGAAAGCUUCAGUUGCAUCAUCCUCAAGGGGGUGCUACUCUUUCACCUUCAGUUGGAGAAGUGCCUCAAUCGACUCCAGCACCCACACCUCGUAGCACAUCCAAAGCCUCAUAUAUCACCCCUAUCCUUGAUCGAUCUGGAUCGCGCAAGCGACUGGAACUGGAGGAUGAGCGUAGUGAGGACCUUGAUCAGAAGCGACGGCGUACAGCAGCUGAAAAGACGAGCAAAGGCUUGCGUCACUUCUCUAUGAAGGUGUGUGAAAAGGUGCAGCGGAAGAUGGUCACUACGUACAAUGAGGUAGCUGAUGAGCUAGUCUCAGAACUCUCCAGCUCCCGCCUUGCAUCUCCCAUUGAUUCUCAAUAUGAUCAGAAGAACAUCCGUCGGAGGGUGUAUGACGCAUUGAAUGUGUUGAUGGCAAUGGGGAUCAUCACAAAGGAGAGGAAAGAGAUAAGGUGGCAGGGUCUCCCCACCAACACAGCCCAGGAAUGCCAGACCUUGAGACAGGAGAUCAAACGACGCCAAGACCGCAUCCGCAUCAAAAAGUCUCGUCUUCAAGAGCUUCUGUUUCAGCAAAUAGCAUUGAAGAACCUGUGUGAGCGGAACCGGGAGACCGAGCGGUUGCAGGGUGGUCCACCCCCAUCUAAUACCAUCAUAUCAACCCCAUUUGUGGUUGUUUUGGCUGAAAAGACCACUGAAAUUGACUGCCGCAUCUCAUAUGACAAAAUGGAAUACCUGUUUAUGUUCAACGAUCUGUUUGUUGUCAAUGAUGACAUUGAAGUGCUCAAACGCAUGGGCAUGACUAUGGGGCUGGAGUCUGGGUCAUGCACUGAGGACAACUUGAGGAAAGCCUGCUCCAUGGUUCCCAAAGCUCUUGAGCCUUAUCUCUUAGACUUGGCCAAAGGAAAAUGUGAAGAAGUAGGAAGCCAUAUCAAAGAAGAAGAGGAGUCAAGCUCUGGUGCUACUAGUACCAGUGCUGCAAGUCCCAUCAUUCCAAGUACAAGUACCAGUGCCUCUGCCUUGGGCUCGGCAUCAAUGUCAUCCAACUUGGUGUAUGUGUCCGUUGGAGAUGAUGGCCCUUCUCCGAGUCCCUUUGAUUCGCAUUCCGAUGAGGAUGCAUCUGACAGCGAAGAGCAAUCUUGAGGUGAUCUCAUGUCAUGGGAGCAAAGUCACUCCCUCUCUUCGUUUUGGACUUGCUUGGAUACGAGUACAAGUGCUGCACUGUGCAGUGUCUCACUAGUUCAUCAUUCAUGCUUUUUUGUUCAUAUCCCUCCAUUUCUAUUUUGUGUCUUCAGGUCUGGAUGCAGGAACAUGAAGCUUAUGUAUUUCUUUAAAAAAAAAAAAGAGAGAGCCAAAUUUGAUGUGAUUUUGAUAGCUUUUUUGUGUCAUUAUGCUAGUUUUUUAAAUAUCAUUAUGACUGAGUAAGCACUGAAUCAUGACUCUGAAGCCCUGGGAAAGUUGUUUUAUGUGCUACAUGUUUUGAAGUUUAUACAAACCCUGCCAAAAAAAAAUACUUGUAUGUGGUUGGCCCUAUUGCUGGCCCAGCUCUUGUGAAUUUCAGAAGAAAAAGGUACCUAAAGACAGUAGCAAGCAAGCUGAACU